CAGCUUGUCCUCAAAGCGACGUAUUUUAUCCACACUGCAACCAUACCUUUGAACCUGAGUAGGUAAGUCGCUCGUCCUUAUCACAUUCUUACAGUCACUCACACUGACAGUCCCGGAUUAGUACUACGACUUCCUUAUUUCCUCAUCGACUUCCUUCAGUCAUGGCGGCCGUACCACAAGAGUCUUUGGCGCCACAUCGACUCGAGGACAAAUACAUCUACUCGCCUUCGUUCAUCUGCCUCCUCCAGACCAACGACCCACCCGACGCCGACACAGAUGCCACUCGCGCUAUCUCGGACACGAUCGCACAAGCAGCCGAAGACACAGUUCUCGCAGAGAAGGAGAUAGCAACCCUCCAAACCAAGAUCAAGGAAAAGCAAGCCAAGAUUCGCGCCUUACGUCGAGUUAUCGACGAUUGCAAUACCGUACUCUCCCCCAUACGCAGGCUGCCAACUGACAUCGUAUUUGAGAUCUUUCAAUCCGUCGUCCAGGACAAGUACGAUGUCUUCGACGUUACGAGCGGCCCGUGGCUCCUCACUCACAUUUGCAAGCCGUGGAGAACCCUGGCAUGCGAGUACGGUGCCCUCUGGUCGUGUGUUAAUGUCACGAAUGUCAUGGCCUAUGGAGAAACACGCCCCAUCAAUGAACCUGUGAUGCUGCUUCGAACGGCCCUAAAGCGAUCUGGCUCGUUUCCUCUCUCCGUGUGGUUCGAAUACAGAACCAAGAAGAAAUGGAGACAGUAUGAGGAAUCCGAAAUCAACUUGCCAGGCUCUCUAGACAGUGACAACGGGGAACUUAGCGAUGACGACGAUGAAAACAGCAUCUUGUCGACAGAAAGCGGUUACGAAAUCGUUCAUUCGAGUUUUGCUUCGCUUCCAAUCGACUGCCAACUCGUGAAGGUGUUGAUGCAGCACUCUCGCCAGUUUCAACACCUGAACAUCGAAGUACCGAGCCCUCCCGCGCUAAAAUGUCUCCGUGUAAUACACGGACGUCUAGACAGCCUGGAGACAGUGCACAUAUCCUUACCCUACGAGGCAUGGGUCCACAAUGAGCUUCAAGAAACCUUCGCCCUGGCACCGAAGCUCCGUGUUGCUCGUCUGAACCGGCUCUCUCUGGACAGCGUGCUCGAUCUCCCCCUCAGCCUGCUAAAAUCUCUCGACCACCAGCUCGAGGACAUGCGGGCAGAAGUAUGGCUCUCCACCGUCCAAACCAUCCUCCAAAAAGGAUCUCAGCUGACCGAGUAUGCGCCACCUUCACCACGUAAAGCAUAUAACAGCAAAAUGCCUCGAUUCCGCAGUUCUACGAUUCGUACUUUUCAUGUCCGUGCGUGGUACGUGCUCGACUAUUUCCAACUCCCAGGACUCGACGAGCUACAUAUCUGUCAUUUCGGGUUCGCUCGCGACCCGCAUGGAGGAGACACCCUAUCUGCCUUCAUUCAUCGUUCGGGAUGCGCUCUGAAGAAGCUCUGUCUCCGCGGUGUCCCGGAUAGUAUCAUCUCGGCGUUUCCGUUUGUCCACAAGAGCCUCGUCGACCUUGAUAUCACGAUUACCCAUUCGAACGAUCGACUUUUAUCUGAUCUGAAGCACCUUCAUGCGUACGGCUGGUCAUUGCCCGCGUUUAUCAAGACUCGUGAUAAAAUGUGCGGGUUGAAGUCUGGUUCAUCACUCCCAACUUCCGACCCCAUCAGGCGUUUGCUCAAUGAAGGAUUGGAUAUCGCAAUUUUGGUAGGACGUAAAAGUAAGCCCUGGGAGGACACUAUGGGUCGUGAAGAAGGGGAUGAGAUUGUGGACGUGCGUGAUCUUUUUGAAGAAGAGGAUGGUUAUGACUGGGAUUCGGAAGACGAUGAUGAUGAUUUUGAGGAUGACAAUAGUUGGAGUGAAGAAUCAGAUGCGUGCUAG